AGCUCGCAUACCGACCGCUCCUUUCGUUUUCCUUUACUUCCUCCUCCAUACCAAAACACAACUUCUCACCCAAAGAUGGCUCACUCGCUCCAAACCCCUUCGCUCGCCCAGUUCAAGCUUCCCGCCAUCGACAACGAGCCUAUGCUCUCGUAUGCCCCUGGCUCUGUUGAGCGUCAAAAGCUCCAGGCUGCCAUCGAGGAGAUGCGUGCACAGGUUCCUUUCGAGGUUCCCGUCGUCAUCAACGGUGAAAAGAUCUACACUGGCAAGACCUCGCAGCAGUUGAACCCCUCCGAGCACAAGAGCGUUCUCUGCACCUACCACGAGGGUGAUGCUGCCUUGACCCAGAAGGCUAUUGAUGGUGCCUUGGCUGCCCGUGCCCGCUGGGAGGCUCUUCCCUUCAACGAGCGUGCUGCCGUCUUCAUGAAGGCCGCUGACUUGUUGUCCUCCAAGUACCGCUACCAGAUGAUGGCUGCUACCAUGUUGGGUCAGGGUAAGAACAUCUGGCAAGCCGAGAUCGACUCUGCUGCUGAGUUGGCCGACUUCUUGCGCUUCAACUGCAAGUACGCCGAAGAGUUGUACACCCAGCAGCCCCCCAAGAACUCUGCUGGUGUUUGGAACCGUGUCGAAUUCCGCGCCUUGGAAGGUUUCGUUUUCGCCGUGACCCCCUUCAACUUCACCGCUAUUGCCGGCAACUUGCCCGGUGCCCCCGCCUUGAUGGGCAACGUUGUGCUCUGGAAGCCCUCGCCCUCGGCCGUCUACUCCAACUACUUGGUCUACCAGUUGUUCGAGGAAGCCGGUUUGCCCGCUGGUGUCAUCCAGUUUGUCCCCGGUCCCGCUGAGGAAAUCUGCGCCGCCGCUUUGAGCAGCCCCGACUUUGCCUCGCUCCACUUCACUGGCUCGACCCACGUGUUCCGCAAGCUGUGGAAGGACAUUGGCAACAACAUUGACUUGUACAAGAGCUACCCCCGUAUUGUUGGCGAGACCGGUGGCAAGAACUUCCACAUCUUGCACCCCGACUUGGCUUCGGCCGAUUUGAAGCACGCUGCUCUGCAGACCAUCCGUGGUGCCUUUGAGUUCCAGGGUCAAAAGUGCUCUGCCACUUCGCGUGUCUACGUCCCCAAGGCUUUGGCCCAGGAGUUCAAGUCGUACUUGGUCGCCGAACACGCCAAGAUCACCCAGGGUCCCGUCCACGAAUUCCAGCACUUCACCGGCCCUGUCAUCAACAAGUUUGCCUUUGACAAGAUCAAGUCGUUCGUUGACUACGCUGCUUCCAGCUCCGAGUGCGAGAUCUUGGCCGGUGGCAAGACUGACGACUCUGUUGGUUACUACAUCCAGCCCACCGUCAUUGCUACCAGCAACCCCAAGACCAAGACCAUGGUUGACGAAAUCUUCGGCCCUGUUGUCACCGUCUACGAAUACGAAGAAAGCUUUGAAGAGACCUGCAAGCUGAUCGGUGAAACCACUCAGUACGCCUUGACCGGUGCCUUGUUUGCCCGCAGCCGUGAAAACAUCACCAUCGGUACCAAUUUGUUGCGUCACUUGGCUGGUAACUUCUAUGUCAACGACAAGAGCACUGGUGCUGUUGUUGGCCAGCAGCCCUUCGGUGGUGGUCGUGCCUCUGGUACCAACGACAAGGCUGGUAGUUUGACCUUGUUGACCCGCUUCGUCUCCACGCGUGCCAUCAAGGAGAACUUUGUUCCCAUCGAAGGCUUCGCUUACCCCUCCAACCUUCAGUAAAUUUCUGUAUACAUCCCUCUUUCAUCCGCCAUAUCUCUCUUUUUCUUUUGAAAACCUAUCUCAUGCAUUGUAAUAUCUCGUGAUUCCACCCAUCCAUCCUCCAAAAUCUUUAUUCGCAUUCUGUAUAACCAUACUUACACGCACUCAAGACACACACACUUAAAAAACAGCCCGUUUUUUGUUCUCUACCUCGGUAGUAUAAAUGUAUCAUAAAAAACCAACUUUUUCUUCCUUUAUUAUCAUUCUACUAUAAAGCACGAACAACAGAAGAUCAUAUAAAAAGAAAAAACGGCUUUUUCU